AUGGGUGUUUCAGGUUUCUAUAGUUAUUUAUUUAAAAAAUAUCCAAAUAUUAAAUCAGUGUGCACGGAAAAGAAUCUUGCAGAUGAGACUAAAUGUCAUAGCCUCUAUUUAGAUUUAAACCAUAUUAUUCAUAAAUAUGCAGAAUCAAACGAUAAAAAUCAUAUUAUUAAAGAUGUUAUUGAACAUAUUGAUCGAUUAGUUCGAAGUAUUAAACCAAGUCAAUUACUUUAUAUAGCUAUGGAUGGUGUUGCACCAAAAGCGAGAAUGCCUCAUCAACGAACAAAGCGUUUUCUCAAAUCAAAAAAUAUUCCUGAUAGAGAAGUAAAUAGAUUUGAAACAAAUGAACAACAUAAAUUAGAAAAAAAAACUUUCGAUGAAUGUAAUAUAAAACCUGGCACAGAAUUUAUGUGCCAAUUAUCUAAAUGUCUACGAUAUUUUAUUCGUAAUCGUAUGCAUACAGAAGAAGAUUGGCGCUCAGUAAAUGUUAUUUUAUCUGAUGCCAAUGUACCUGGUGAAGGUGAACAUAAAAUAAUUAACUUCAUACGUCAACAACGUCAUCAACAAAAUAAUACUAAUGGUACAUUUCAUGUUGUUUAUAGUUCAGACAGUGAUCUUGUUUUACUUGGUUUAUUAACACAUGAACCACAAAUGAAGGUUUUAUGUGAAGUAUGUGCUAAUUGUGAAAAGAUAGGUUACCAUGCGAAAGAUUGUAAUACUAAUAAAUCAUCGUCUACACCAGGGAGUAAUACGAAAACGAACUAUGCUGUUAUUCAUUUACCAAAAUUAAUUAAUAACCUUAAGUCACAAAAUUACGAUUCACCGGUAUUCCUGAAGAAUUUAGAACGUUUCGUUGAUGAUUGGGUAUUGAUUUGUCUUUUAUUUGGGAAUGAUUUUUUACCUAAAUCACAUUCCAUUGAUUUUUUUGAUAAAAGUAUCAUUACUAUGGAUCAUCUUAUGGAUGCGUAUAGAGAGGCUCUAACAAAAAACAACGAUUAUCUAACUAAAAAUGGUACAAUCACAAAGGAUUGCUUAUUAACCUUGAUGAAGAAGGUUGGUGGAAAAGAUAAAGACGGAAAAUAUCGUCGUCCAUUAUAUUAUGAAGACAAAUUUCGUCGUCCACUAUAUUAUAAAGACAAAUUUGGUUUUAAUGCAACUGAUUUGAAUACAUUUUCUAAUAAAGUAGCUACAGAUUAUGUUCAAGGUUUAUAUUGGGUUUUUCAAUAUUAUUCUAAAGGCCCGCCAUCAUGGACUUGGUAUUAUCCUCACCAUUACGCUCCGCUUGCUUAUGAUUUUUCAAACGUAAAGAAUCUGGAUCUAAAGUUUGAUCCACCUGGAGAACCAGUUCGCCCUUUCGAACAAAUGAUGGCUACAUUUUCACCAAAAAAUGUAGACUAUCUUCCGUUAGCAUGGCGACCAAUAAUGACGGAAGAAAUAUUUGAUAUUAGUAAGUUUUAUCCAACAGAAUUCGUUGUUGAUCCAAAUGGUAAAGAGAGAAGUUCACAAUAUGUGGUCUUAAUACCAUUUAUUGAUAAAGAGACUUUAUCCACAGCUCUUAAAGAUUUUACCUCAAAAUUAACGCCAGAAGAAGAGAAACGUAACAGACUUGAUUAUGAUUCUCUAUUUAUUCAUUCAAGCCAUUCAAUUCAUCAACAGUUUAGAAAAUCAAGUGAUGCGAAUAAAAUACCUAUAAUAACAGAAGAAAAUCCAGUUCAGUUACAAGAUAUAUCAGACUGUAAAUUAGUUGGACAUGGUUGGACUGAUGAUACUGGUGACAUAAGUGAUUUGAACGCAGAUGAAGAAGCUAUAUUAUCUGAUUAUAAGAAUAUACCAAAUGAUGAAAUUAUUCUUUUGAAAUACUGCCAUUGCUCAUUUCGUAGUGAGUCUACUGAAAGUGAAAAGCACAAUAAUGUUCGUUUUCGAACAACAACUAAUCAGCCCAGUCAAACAUCUACAGUACAACGGCAGCAACAAGCUCCUAAAUCUACAGAUUGGGGUCGAUCUUCAUCAACACAUCAAAACUGA